GUCCGGGUAUUAUACUUGGGAAUGAGUAUGCUUGGGUGUGAAGAUACCCGGUCCAUAAACUGGACAUCGUCAAAUAAGGAUCUGAUAGUUAGGACCUGCAUCUGUCGGCCUAGCACACAGAAAGUAGCUACCGGGAAAUAUAUUUUAUAUCUUUUAUUGUGAUUUUUAAAUCCGGAUGUAUGAAACGAAGUGUGAUUUCGCAUCACACUACUAUAGCUUGUAGUUUCAUUAUGGUGUUGAUUAAUACGAUUAGCUAGCUAUACUAGUUCGCUAAAGCUCCUGUUCCAGUUGGCUAGAAGUGAGCGAGAUAUACAAAGUCAUUAUACCGGGCCUAACGCAAUUUCUGGAGUGUAGCCUACUCCUCACAACCGUAGCCAGCUUUGGGAGUUGCCGACUAUAGUGGCUUUGUAAGCAUUACGGCUGUGGGAGAACUCUUGCUACAAAGCAUGCGGGGUGCAGCCAGUGUCUGUGCAUCUUUCGGAUCUCUGGGUUUGCUCCGGCUUUUUGGGAUACCCUGGUCCUGGAGCCUGGCGGCCAGUCUGGGGGUCUACCUGGGUACAGGGGGCUGGAGGUUCUUGUAUGUCGUGGUACGCACAGCCAAGAGAGACCUGACUGGUCUGUACGUGCUCCUGCGUGUGAAGCUGGCUCUCCGUCGGCACCUACGCAAAGGCAGCACGGUCCCCUCCAUCUUCGCCCAGACGGUGGCGCUGCACCCCGACAAGCCGGCGCUGGUGUACGAGGCCACGGGCGAGACCUGGACCUUCUCCCAGCUGGACCAGCUGUCCAACGCAGUGGCCCACUGGGCGCUGGCCCAGGGCUGGGCCCCGGGCGACAUGGUGGCCCUCUUCAUGGAGAGCCGACCCCUGCUGGUGGCCCUCUGGCUGGGCCUGGCUAAGGUGGGCGUGGAAGCGGCGCUCAUCAACUUCAACCUGCGCCGCGAUUCGCUCAUGCACUGCGUGGGCGUGUCCGGCUCACGGGGGCUGGUGUUUGGGGCGGAGCUAGCUGACGCCGUAGCGGAGGUGAACGCGUCUCUCAGUCAGUACAUGGUGCGGUUCUGCGCGGGGGAGCUGAGCUCCGAUCGACUCGCCGCCCUGGCCGCCGCCCCGCUGGACCCACUCCUGGCCUCCUCCCCCCGGCUGCCCCCUCCCUGUACCCACCGAAAGGGCUUCAAUGAUCGCCUGUUCUAUAUUUACACCUCUGGCACCACGGGACUUCCCAAAGCUGCAAUUGUCGUACAUAGCCGAUACUACCGCAUUGCUGCUUUUGGGUACUAUGCCUUCGGCAUGCGGCAGGAUGACAUCGUCUACGACUGCCUACCCCUUUACCACUCCGCAGGUAACAUCAUGGGGGUGGGUCAGUGCCUGAUUAAUGGUCUAACCGUUGUGGUGAAAAAGAAGUUCUCAGCCAGUCGCUUCUGGGAAGACUGCAUCAAGUACAACUGCACAGUGGUGCAGUACAUCGGGGAGAUCUGUCGGUACCUGCUGUCCCAGCCGGAGCGUCCCGCGGAGUCGGGCCACCGCGUGCGGCUGGCGGUGGGGAACGGGCUCCGGCCCAGCGUGUGGGAGGCCUUCACCGAGCGCUUCCGGGUGGCGCAGAUCGGCGAGUUCUACGGAGCCACGGAGUGCAACUGCAGCAUCGCCAACAUGGACGGCAAGGUGGGGGCGUGUGGCUUCAACAGCCGUAUCCUGCCCUAUGUGUACCCAAUCCGUUUGGUGAAGGUGGAGGAGGAGACCAUGGCACUGGUCCGGGACAGGGAGGGCCUGUGUGUCCCCUGUCGGCCUGGGGAGCCAGGGCUGCUGGUGGGCCGGAUUAACCAGCAGGACCCCCUGCGGCGUUUUGACGGUUAUGCCAGUCAGGAUGCCACCAACAAGAAGAUCGCCCGCGACGUCUUCAAGAAGGGAGACUCCGCCUACCUGUCAGGUGAUGUUCUUGUGAUGGAUGAGUUGGGGUACAUGUACUUCCGGGAUCGCAGUGGGGACACGUUUCGCUGGAGGGGGGAAAAUGUCUCCACCACGGAGGUAGAGGGGACACUCAGCACGCUGUUGGGGCAGGCUGACGUGGCUGUGUAUGGAGUACCUGUACCAGGUGUAGAGGGAAAAGCGGGGAUGGCGGCCAUUGCAGACGGGGAGGGGCAGUUCGACUGUGCUGUCUUCCUCCGGGAGGCUCAGCUGGUCCUGCCUCCUUACGCUCGUCCUGUCUUCCUCCGCAUCUCCCCACAGGUGGACACCACAGGCACCUUCAAAAUCCAGAAGACCAGACUACAGAGGGAGGGAUACAAUCCACGUCUCACAAACGACCGGAUCUACUUCCUGAAUUCCCGGGCCGGGUGUUAUGAAAUUGUUAAUGAGGAGCUGUAUAGUUCCAUUUUAGAGGGCAGGAUGUCCCUAUGAGACUGACAGACUAACAGACUGACAGAGGGAGGGUGGACAGACUGACACCCCCUGUUAAUGCGCCCCUCUCUCUCCACAGUUUCCCUAGGGACAGCAAGGCAUCUAAGGGUUAAUGUAAAAGUGUAGAUUAGGGCUCUGAUUGUUGCAUUCGGAGCAAAGUCCCGGUGCUGUGGUUGAAUUUUGGGGAAACAGGGUUCAGUUUAUGAAGUGAAUACUGAAACCUGGCUGCUGAAUAGUCUGACUUAAUG